UAGAAACCAAUGGCGACAAUUUGAAGUGACUGACCUCUUUUUGAAUAACUAUUAGAAACGUGAACAAGUCUAGAGAUUUAAUCUAGCUGGUAAUAGUUACUGUCGGCUUUUAAAUUAUUAUUAUUUUCUGAAAAUGAAUCAUAAUCACACUUAUCCAUUACCAGCAAAUGUAAAAUCAACACAUCAUGCCACAUAUAUACAUCCAAGAUUAAUGCCUGGUUAUCGAGGACACUGUCCAGGUGAAAAAUUUGAUUAUGGUCAAACAUAUGGAGCAUAUACAUGUAAACAAUUUCAAGAUUAUCGUUCAACAGUCCUUCAGUCAUCAAUGACACCGUAUGAAGAUGGAGGAAAUUUUCCGACAUUUUUAUCGCAUAAUCCAGAUCUUGUUAUUAAUAAAAGAAUACAAGGUAGACAACGGUAUGGUGACAGAUUCUAUUGUCAACUUUAUAAUAAAGAUGAUCAGAGAUCUAAUGAACUUAGACAAUUUGACUUGGCAGUUCAAAAGCAUCGUGAGUAUUACAAGGACAAAACGGGAACUAAAGCACCUGUAACUGAUUUUCUCAUUCCAACAACUAAUAUGGAGUUUAUUAAAGAAAAAUGUCUACCCUAAUUUAUUGUGAUGCAUUAAAAUAUAUGCGUUAUCAUCGUAACCAUAGAUGAAAAUAUAAUAAAAGAGUACAAGAC